AUGACACAAAAUCAAAUAGCAGAACUCCACAAUAUCUUCCCAUUGUGCAGUAUUAAUAUUCCUCCUAUAAAUGUGUGUGAGUUCGACGGAGGUGUAUUUUCAUCCACUGAACUUCCGGAUGAAUCUUCCACAGAAGGUGAAACUUCCAGUGAAUCAUCAACCGACUCUUCCACCGACUCUUCCACCGACUCUUCCACCGAGUCUUCCACUGAAUCUUCCACUGAAUCUUCUACUGAAUCUUCCUCUGAAUCUUCCACUGAAUCUUCCUCUGAAUCUUCCACUGAAUCUUCCACUGAAUCUUCCACUGAAACCUCCACCGAAUCAUCUCCUCCUUCUUCCAAUUCUUGUUUUGCCAUUGAUACAACUACUUGUCAAACUUCUUGCGACAAUGUAAACUCUCUUGUUUCUGACCUCACUUCAAAUCUAAAUCAAUAUACCUCUAAUACUGAUACCUCAUUAUUGUGUCCCUUUUUAAAUUCUAACGAAGAUUAUACAACUUGCAUGCAAUGUGUCAAUCACUACAACGAAAAUUUCGGCCUGACAUACCAAAAUAUAUUACAAGUUUUUACUGCUUGGGGAAAUUGUGAUGUUAUAUUGGAUUUCCCAUCAAGUUGUGACAAUCCCCAAAAUGACUGUGUUGCAGGAGACGAAACGUCUUACUUAGCCGAUUAUGAAUUGUGUCCAGCAGAAUCUUCCACCGAAUCUUCCACUGAAUCUUCUACUGAAUCUUCUACUGAAUCUUCUUUCGAAUCUUCCACAGAAUCUUCCACAGAAUCUUCCACAGAAUCUUCCACAGAAUCUUCCACAGAAUCUUCCCUCGAAUCUUCCCUCGAAUCUUCCACUGAAUCUUCCACUGAAUCUUCCACUGAAUCUUCCACUGAAACCUCCACCGAAUCAUCUCCUCCUUCUUCCAAUUCUUGUUUUGCCAUUGAUACAACUACUUGUCAAACUUCUUGCGACAAUGUAAACUCUCUUGUUUCUGACCUCACUUCAAAUCUAAAUCAAUAUACCUCUAGUACUGAUACCUCAUUAUUGUGUCCCUUUUUAAAUGCUAACGAAGAUUAUACAACUUGCAUGCAAUGUGUCAAUCACUACAACGAAAAUUUCGGCUUGACAUACCAAAAUAUAUUACAAGUUUUUACUGCUUGGGGAAAUUGUGAUGUUAUAUUGGAUUUCCCAUCAAGUUGUGACAAUCCCCAAAAUGACUGUGUUGCAGGAGACGAAACGUCUUGUGACAGUUAUUGUUACUAUUUCUCGUGGUAUGGGAAUAACUAUGGUAAAACGGCACGUGAAAUCUCUAACGCACUUUUCUCAUUUGCAUAUUGUGGUGUUGAUCUGGCUGAUUAUGAAUUGUGCCCUACCGAAUCUUCCACCGAAUCUUCCACCGAAUCCUUAUCUGAAUCAAGCAUGGAAUCCACCUAUGACUCAUUGAGGGAAUCUUCUAUGCAGUCUUCCAAUGAAUUUUUAUCAGAAUCUUUGACCGAAUCAUACACAAAUCUUUCUACGGAAUUUUUUGAAUCUUCUUCUGAAUUGUCCAUAGACUCAUCAACAGAAUAUUCUACUGAAAACCUUUCUGAAUCGUCUUCUGAGUUUUCUUCUAAGUCUUCUUCUGAGUCUUCUUCUGAGUCUUCUUCUGAGUCUUCUUCUGAAUCGUCUUCUGAAUCUUCUUCUGAGUCUUCUUCUGAGUCUUCUUCUGAGUCUUCUUCUGAGUCUUCUUCUGAGUCUUCUUCUGAAUCGUCUUCUGAGUUUUCUUCUGAGUCUUCUUCUGAGUCUUCUUCUGAGUCUUCUUCUGAGUCUUCUUCUGAGUCUUCUUCUGAGUCUUCUUCUGAGUCUUCUUCUGAGUCUUCUUCUGAGUCUUCUUCUGAGUCUUCUUCUGAGUCUUCUUCUGAGUCUUCUUCUGAAUCGUCUUCUGAAUCUUCUUCUGAGUCUUCUUCUGAGUCUUCUUCUGAGUCUUCUUCUGAGUCUUCUUCUGAGUCUUCUUCUGAAUCGUCUUCUGAGUUUUCUUCUGAGUCUUCUUCUGAGUUUUCUUCUGAGUCUUCUUCUGAGUCUUCUUCUGAGUCUUCUUCUGAGUCUUCUUCUGAGUCUUCUUCUGAAUCGUCUUCUGAGUUUUCUUCUGAGUCUUCUUCUGAGUCUUCUUCUGAGUCUUCUUCUGAGUCUUCUUCUGAGUCUUCUUCUGAGUCUUCUUCUGAAUCGUCUUCUGAAUCUUCUUCUGAGUCUUCUUCUGAGUCUUCUUCUGAGUCUUCUUCUGAGUCUUCUUCUGAGUCUUCUUCUGAGUCUUCUUCUGAGUCUUCUUCUGAGUCUUCUUCUGAGUCUUCUUCUGAGUCUUCUUCUGAGUCUUCUUCUGAGUCUUCUUCUGAGUCUUCUUCUGAAUCGUCUUCUGAAUCUUCUUCUGAGUCUUCUUCUGAGUCUUCUUCUGAGUCUUCUUCUGAGUCUUCUUCUGAGUCUUCUUCUGAAUCGUCUUCUGAGUUUUCUUCUGAGUCUUCUUCUGAGUCUUCUUCUGAGUCUUCUUCUGAGUCUUCUUCUGAGUCUUCUUCUGAGUCUUCUUCUGAGUCUUCUUCUGAGUCUUCUUCUGAGUCUUCUUCUGAGUUUUCUUCUGAGUCUUCUUCUGAGUUUUCUUCUGAGUCUUCUUCUGAAUCGUCUUCUGAGUCUUCUUCUGAGUUUUCUUCUGAGUCUUCUUCUGAAUCGUCUUCUGAGUCUUCUUCUGUGUCUUCUUCUGAGUCUUCUUCUGAAUCGUCUUCUGAGUCUUCUUCUGAGUCUUCUUCUGAGUCUUCUUCUGAGUCUUCUUCUGAGUCUUCUUCUGAAUUGUCUUCUGAGUCUUCUUCUGAGUCUUCUUCUAAGUAUUCUUCUGAGUCUUCUGCUGAGUUUUCUUCUGAGUCUUCUUCUGAGUUUUCUUCUGAGUCUUCUUCUGAAUCGUCUUCUGAGUCUUCUUCUGUGUCUUCUUCUGAGUCUUCUUCUGAAUCGUCUUCUGAGUCUUCUUCUGAAUUGUCUUCUGAGUCUUCUUCUGAGUCUUCUUCUAAGUAUUCUUCUGAGUCUUCUUCUGUGUCUUCUUCUGAGUCUUCUACCGAAUCAUAUACUGAAUCUUCCAUAGAAUCAUCUACAGAAUCUUCUACCGGAUCUUCCAUUGAAUCCCCCACCGAGUCUUCUAUUAAAUCUUCUACUGAAUCUUCUACCGAGUCUUUCACUGAAUCUUCUACAGAAUAUUCCACUAAAUCUUCCACCGAAUCUUCCACCGAAUCUUCUACUGAAUCUUCCACAGAAUCUUCUACUGAAUCUUCCACCGAGUCUUCUUCCGAAUCUUCCACUGAAUCUUCCACAGAAUCUUCCCUCGCAUCUUCUACUGAAUCUUCCACUGAAUCUUCUACCGAGUCUUACACCGAGUCUUCCACUGAAUCUUCCACAGAAUCUUCCACUGAAUCUUCCACUGAAUCUUCCACUGAAUCUUCCACUGAAUCUUCCACUGAAUCUUCCACUGAAUCUUCCACUGAAUCUUCCACUGAAUCUUCCACUGAAUCUUCUACUGAAUCUUCCACUGAAUCUUCAACCGAGUCUUCUACUGAAUCUUCCACCGAGUCGUCUACUGAAUCUUUUACUAAAUCUUCUAUUGAAUCUUCUACUGAAUCUUCCACUGAAUCUUCUACUGAAUCUUCUACUGAAUCUUCUACUGAAUCUUCCACAGAAUCUUCCACAGAAUCUUCUACAGAAUCUUCUACAGAAUCUUCAACAGAAUCUUCCACUGAAUCUUCCACAGAAUCUUCCACUGAAUCUUCCACUGAAUCUUCCACAGAAUCUUCAACCGAGUAUUCUACUGAAUCUUCCACCGAGUCUUCUACUGAAUUGUCUACUAAAUUGUCUACUGAAUCAUCCACCGAAACAUCCACCGAAACAUCCACCGAAACAUCCACAGAAACAUCCACAGAAACAUCCACCGAAACUUCUACAGAAUCUUCUACAAAAUCUUCCACAGAAUCUUCAACCGAGUCUUCUACUGAAUCUUUUACUAAAUCUUCUAUUGAAUCUUUUACUAAAUCUUCUAUUGAAUCUUCUACUGAAUCUUCCACUGAGUCUUCUACUGAAUCUUCCUCUGAAUCUUUCUUCAGAUCUUCCUUAAGUUCUGAUUUCUCUCUUUCUUAUGAAUCUACUUUUGAGUCCAUUUCUGUCUCUGCCUCUACUUCAGAAAUCAUUUCUUCAACUUCGACGAAUCAUACUGCUACUGCUACUGCUACUGCUACUGCUACUGCUACUGCUACUGCUACUGCUACUGCUACCAAUAUUGUUGUUCAAUCUGCAACCACCACUGUUACUGAACCUUGUCCUCUUUGUAAAACACAUACCAUUACGGAAUCAACCAUCACCACCGUCACCACCACAUCUGGAACUGUUGUUGUAACUAUUACAGAACCUUGUGAAACCAUUGCAACUGUUGUUGAAUCACCUGUGAUUACAGGGUCUGAGACUUUUUUCACAAAAAUUACUCUUACUCAAACUUCUCCGUCAACCGUUACUGUUACAGGUGAAUGUUCUGUAUGCAAGACUAUCACCACAACAAGUAGUGGACUUACCACUUACACCACAACGUCUAGUGGAUCAGUUAUAACAGUUACAGAGCCAUGUGAAACAACCAUCACAGCUGUUGAAUCUCCUGUUGUUUUUGGUAGUAUUACCAGUUAUAUUACUAUUUCCCAAUCACCUCCAAAGGCCUCAUCUACUGAAAUUUGCACUGAGUGUCAAACAAUAACCAAGACUAGUACUGGUGUCACUACUUUUACCAGUUUGUCUGAAGGCUCAAUUGUUACUAUUACUGAGCCAUGCGAGACUACAAUUACAGCAAUUGAAUCCCCCAUUAUCUUUGGUACUUUGACUAGUUAUGUUACUAUCUCUAGCUUUUCACCUGAAUCAACUGUUAUUGAGCAAUGUUCUGAAUGUCAAACUACCACUCUGACCAGCAGUGGUUAUACCACUUAUACUACUACCUCUUCUGGUAUUAUCACCACAGUCACAGAGCCAUGUGAAGUAGUCAUUACUGCAAUUGAAUCCCCCAUUGUUUUUGGUACCCUCACUAGUUAUAUUACUAUUUCUAGCUUUUCACCUGAAUCAACUGUUAUUGAGCAAUGUUCUGAAUGUCAAACUACCACUCUGACCAGCAGUGGUUAUACCACUUAUACUACUACCUCUUCUGGUAUUAUCACCACAGUCACAGAGCCAUGUGAAGUAGUCAUUACUGCAAUUGAAUCCCCCAUUGUUUUUGGUACCCUCACUAGUUAUAUUACUAUUUCUAGCUUUUCACCUGAAUCAACUGUUACUGAGCAAUGUUCUGAAUGUCAAACUACCACUCUGACCAGCAGUGGUUAUACCACUUAUACUACUACUUCUUCUGGUAUUACCACCACAGUCACAGAGCCAUUUGACAUAGUCAUUACUGCCAUUGAAUCCCCCAUUGUUUCGGGUACCCUCACUAGUUAUGUUACUAUCUCUAGCUUUUCACUUGAAUCAGCUGUUACUGAGCAAUGUUCUGAAUGUCAAACUACCAUCAAGACCAGCAGUGGUUUUACCACCUAUACUACUACUUCUUCUGGUAUUACCACCACAGUCACAGAGCCAUAUGAAGUAGUCAUUACUGCAAUUGAAUCCUCUAUUGUUUCGGGUACUCUCACUAGUUAUGUUACAGUUUCUUCAACCUCCCCAUUAGUUUCUGAAUCAGUUGCUAUUUGCACAAACUGUAAGACUGUGUCCACUGUCAUCAUGGGUCUUUCCACCUACUCUUUAACUUCGGGAACUACUGCUAUUGUAUUAACUACACCAGUUGAGACUACCGUUAUAUUAGUUGAGUCACCAGUUAUUUCUGGCACGGUUACUGAUUACACAGUUUUUUCUUCGUCAACUGUCGGAUCAUUAAGCAAUAUUUUGUCUGGAACAACUUACUUACCUCCAGUUUUGUCAACUGAACAACCUGUGGAGCAAGUUAAUGGUGGAAAUAAUCUCUCUAUAGGUAUUUCAAUUCUUUUUGUUUGGUUUAUGUUUUUAAUUUUUGUUUAG